AUGGUUAUAUCCAUGUCGACAUCAAAUUUACCUUUGGCGGUUCUGAAAUCCGAGGAGAAGCCAAUAACUGUUGUGUGUGCAAACGAAUCAGUACGGGAAGACAUACACCAUCUAAAGCAGCAACUGAGUCAGGAAACUUUAAUACGAUUGUCCCUCGUCCAUCAGAUGUCUGCGUUUGUCAAUGAAUUAUUAACAGUGAAAAAAGAGAUGGCCAGCGUUCUGGUAAAGAUGGAAGAAGUAGAAAAAGGUAAUGCUGAUAUUCAGCUUGAAAAACAAAGAAUGCGCAUGGAAUUGGACAGACAGAUAAAGAUUAACAACACUGACCGUGAAACAUUACAAGAAAACACACAGCAUCAUAAAGACCUCCAGUCAGCUGUAGAAGAAAUCUUUCGUAAUUAUACUGCUGAAUUCAGGACCGAGGAAAUUACCGAGGUGAAAAAUGAUAUGUCCGAGAUACUAGACAAAAUACAAGAACUGGAAAACAACGUCACUGAUCUUGAACUUGAAAAUCAACGAUUGCAGAGGAAAUUAGACGAAAACAUAAUAGAAAAGGAGAAGGAGGAUGACACAAAACUACAAAUGAUUAAGGAAUUACAGGAAGAUUUCAGGAAUGUGACAACAAAAAUAGAGAGAACACGACCUGAGAUGCUUCCUUCGUUUCACGCUCGACUUUCGCGCCCCGUAAGAAAAAUUGGCCUCUCCCAAACUGUUAUCUUUGACCUUGAAGUUGUGGACACAACUAAUUCCUACGAUCCACAAUCUGGAAUUUUCACUGCGCCAGUAACUGGAACAUAUGUCUUCUACUGGAAUAUAUUGUCUAAUGAAGCCUCAGGAAUGGACACGGCAUUGGAUUCCUCACAAGGAGCUUUAGGAUGUGGAUUCGUCAGUCAUGCUGUAAAUUAUGGAAAUGGGGGAAACUUGGUGUUAGCGAAUCUGACCUCUGGAACGCAUGUCUGGGUGAAGAAAGCUGACAAAUUUGGCAAUUACAUACAUGAGAGAUUUUCGACAUUUUCUGGUUAUCUUUUGCAGGCAUCAGGUUAAUGUGAACUUUGUU